AUGGCUGAAUCAGUGGAAAUGCUGCCUAAAUCAGAGAAUAAGAUUCACCCGCUGCAAGUGAUCGAGGAGCAGCAGCAGAACAGGCUUCAUUUAAAUCAAGUGGUUUCUCGUUUUCAGAAGCGCUGCGUCCUCGCCUCCUGGAUCAGGGAGAACAUCCACAAGAAGGAAUGCUGCUUCUUUGAGAGAGGUGUCAGAGGGGAUGUGUGCAAGUGUGACUACUCAAAGACCGAGCAUGUGGAUGAAGCCAUCAAGCCAGAGGACUUCACAGGCGAGUCGUGGGACAGACACAGGCACAUCCGCGAGGUGCCCACUGAUGCCUUUGGAGACAUCAGCUUUGGCGGUUUGGGACAAAAGACUGGCAAGUAUGCGCGAGUGUCCACAGACACCAGCCCUGAAAUCCUGUACCAGCUAUUGACUGAACAGUGGAAGCUCACUCCUCCAAACCUCCUGAUCUCAGUGACCGGAGGAGCCAAGAACUUCUUUCUGAAGGCUGGUCUCAAGAGCAUGUUCCACAGAGGCCUCAUCAAAGUGGCCCAGACGACAGGUGCGUGGAUCAUCACUGGUGGUACACAUGCUGGCGUGAUGAAGCACGUAGGGCAGGCGGUGAGGGACUACGCCCUGAGCAGCUCCACGCAGGGCCAGAUCGUAGCUAUUGGAGUAGCAACGUGGGGUAUAAUUCACAACAGGGAUGCUCUGGUGCAUUCAGAGGGUUGUUUCCCAGCGCAUUAUUUGCUGGACGUCAAGGGCCAGGGCCGGCUCUCCUGCCUCGAUAACAACCACACCCACUUCCUGCUGGUGGAUGAUGGGACCCAGGGACACUAUGGCGUGGAGAUUGAGCUGCGCACCCGCCUGGAGAAAUGCAUCUCUGGAAAGCGGCUGGGAAACAAAGAGAGUGGCGUGACCAUCCCUGUGGUGUGUGUGGUUUUGGAUGGAGGGCCAGGCACUCUCAAUACCAUCUAUAACGCCAUGCUGAAUGGUACACCAUGUGUGAUCUUGGAGGGCUCUGGGAGAAUAGCGGAUGUGAUUGCCCAGGUGGCAGGACUGCCAGUGAGCCGGGUCACCAUCGUUCACAUCCACCACUUAAUGAAAAGGUUCUUUGGCCAAGAGUAUGAAAACUUCGCCGACCUCAAGAUCAUAGAAUGGACCAAGAAGAUUCAGGACAUCAUCAGGAUGUCUCACCUGCUGACAGUCUUCAGGGUAAGCGAGGACAAUCGUGGGGAUGUGGAUGUGGCUAUUCUUCAAGCACUGCUCAAAGCCUCAAGGACCAGCGAGUCGCUGGGGAUCGACAGCUGGAAGAGGCAGCUGGAGCUGGCUAUAGCCUGGAACCGAGUGGACAUAGCUGAGACUGAGAUCUUCACUGAGGAGAGCCAGUGGAAGUCCAGUGACCUCCACUGGGCCAUGUUCUCAGCCCUGGUGGGCAACAAGCCUCAGUUUGUGAGUCUGCUGCUGGAGAACGGCGUGAGUCUGAGGGAUUUCCUGCAGGACGAGGAAACCCUGUGCGAGCUCUACAAGCAGCUGCCCGGCUGCUUCUUCCUCCGCAAGCUGGCCAAGCGGGUCCACAGCUCUCGGCGCAGCAGGAGGCCGGCGAUCGGCAUCCGGGCUCGAGCUCACUCGGGCGAGACCAUCGCCAUGACCCACGUGUCUGACGAGGUGCGCCACCUGCUGGGUAGUUUCACCAAGCCCCUCUACCCUCCCUCCAGCACGGUAAACCACUUCAGCAUGUCUAUGGAGGAUUCAUCCGCAUCACUGUCUAAAAGUCAGGCAGAUUCUCAGGCUGCACUCAGGGAGGACGCUGCUGAAGCGCCGAGGGACUUCGGCAGAGACCUUUUCCUCUGGGCUGUCGUCCAGAACAGUAAGGAGCUGGCUGAAAUCGCCUGGGAGCAGUGUAGAGACUGCAUGUCCGCCGCCCUGGCCGCCAGCAAGAUCCUGAAGAAAAUGGCAGAGGAAGGAAGUGAUGCGGACGAGGCGGAGGAAAUGCGAGAGCUCGCCAAUCAUUAUGAAAAACACGCCAUUGGUGUGUUCAGUGAGUGCUACAACAGUGACGAAGAGCGAGCUCAGAAGUUGUUGGUGCGUGCGUCGCUGUUUUGGGGAAGGACGACGUGCCUGAGGCUGGCACUGGAGGCUGAUGAUAAGAUCUUUAUCGCUCAGUCAGGUGUUCAGGCUCUUCUGACACAGAUCUGGUGUGGCGAGCUUUCAGUGGACAACCCUGUGUGGAGAGUUCUGCUCUGCAUGGUUUUCUUCCCACUUAUCUACACUGGCUUUCUGGUUUUCAGACGUGAUGAGGUCAUCCAGAGAGAAACUGAGAAGAACGAGGAGAUUAAGACGGUGGAGAAAGUGACGGGAAGUACGCUUCGAACAAAUUGUAGUAGGCUCCUGAGGCGCCUGAAGCCUCUGGGCAGCUGGUCCAGAGCGGCCUGCCUGUACAGCUCCCCGCAGGUCAAGUUCUACUGGAACAUCGUGUCGUACUUCGCCUUCCUCUUCCUAUUCGCGGUGGUGCUGAUGAUCGACUUCCAGGACACGCCGUCUGUUUGGGAGGUGCUGCUGUACGUCUGGCUGCUCUCUCUGGUGUGUGAGGAGGUCAGGCAGCUGUUUCAUGAUCCUGAUGGCUUUGGGUUUCGUAAGAAAGCCAGGAUGUACAUCAACGACCUGUGGAAUAUUUUAGAUGUUCUCUCCAUCCUCCUCUUUAUUAUUGGCCUUGCAUUUAGGCUGACGACUGAGCUGUUCUAUGCGGGUAAAGUCCUCCUCUGCAUCGAUUUUGUGGUCUUCUGCCUCCGUCUCAUGGCCAUCUUCACUAUCAGUAGAACCCUGGGACCCAAAAUCAUCAUCGUCAGGAGGAUGAUGAUGGAUAUGUUCUUCUUCAUGUUCCUGCUCAGUAUCUGGGUGGUGGCGUACGGUGUGGCCAAACAAGGCAUCCUCAUCCACAAUGACAAUCGGCUGGACUGGAUUGUCCGUGGGGCGGUUUAUGAGCCAUACCGCACCAUAUUUGGGGAUUUUCCCACAAAUAUUGAUUACGCUGCAUUUGACAUAGAGUCCUGCAGCAUGAAUGGCACCGACCCCCUGAAGCCCAAGUGUCCUGUGCUGAAUGAAAACCAAACACCAGCCUUCCCCGAGUGGCUCACCAUCAUCAUGCUUUGCGUUUACUUGCUCUUUGCCAACAUACUGCUGCUCAACCUGCUCAUAGCCAUCUUCAACUUUACGUUCCAGGAAGUUCAGGAUAACACGGACAGGAUAUGGAAGUUUCAAAGAUAUGAGCUGAUUAAGGAGUACCACAGCCGCCCUGCCGCCCCUCCUCCUUUCAUCAUCCUCAGCCAUCUUUACCUCUUCAUCAGGAACAUGGUGCUGUGCAGGCCGCCCAUCGUAUACACAGAGUUCAAGAACGAGCUUCCUGAGAAUGAGGAAGAGGAGCUGCUGUCUUGGGAGGCCUUGAUGAAGGACAGAUACCUCCUGUCCACGCAGCAGGAGCAGAGUCAGAGCAUGGAGCGACGCAUCCUGGACACAGCCCAAAAACUGCUUGUUUCUUUCUUGAGGGUUGCGGCCAUAAGCGAUCAGCUGGAGAGGGAAGAGGAGACGAGCUCUGACGCCACGGUGAAAAGACUGGCCCGACUGGAGGAGCAGGUUGUCCAAUCAGCCAAAGCCCUGCAGUGGAUUAUGGACAGUCUGAAAUCUCAGGGUUUUGCAGCAAGAGAAGCACCAUCACUGACACUAACUUCGUCAGACGAGUCCCCUGACACGUACGCCAGUACGUCGGAGAAAGAGGACGGGUUCCACGUGAACGCCCGCCAGUUUCAUUACCCAAACAGCAAACUCACACGCUUCUCUGUGCCUGAGGAGAAGGUGCCAUGGGAGGUCAGCUUCAGCUCAUACAUGCCAACCUAUUACGCCUCUGAAGACAUUGAGGACCAUGUGGAUGGAUCACAAUCAGACACCUUAGAUAAUUACAGAAACCCAGGAGGGAGGACGGGCAUCAGGGGACGAGGUGCGCUAAGCCGCCUUGGUCCAAAUCUGAAUGUAGAUCUCGUGCUCACACGGUGGCGAGACAACGAGCGCUCUGUUUUGGAGUACCUGGCAGUCUGGGGCGAGAGCCGGGGAACCUUGGCUUUGCCUUCAGGACCCGUCCAAUCUGCCGACCACCUGCCAGUGACUCUGAAGAGAACCAUGGGAAAGAAGUUGUAUGAAAAACUAAGCGAAAAAGUACCAGAGGGAACAAAGGUGUUUGAGGGCUAUGUGGACGACCCCAGGAACACAGAUAACGCCUGGGUGGAAACCACCGUCCUAAACAUUCACCUGGACAGAACGAGCCAGGUGAUGCUCGAUAUCAACAACAUGGUGCUGAGCAGCCAUGGCGGCCUUCAGUGGCAGGAGGUGAGCGGCAGAACCAGACUUGACUCAAACCAAAGGGAGUCUCUGCGGCAGGUGGCUGAGUUCCACAACAGGAAGUUCUGAUGUUCGCCACCGCCGUAGCUGAAAACGUGCCUGUCGGCCCGCAGGCUGUCCUCUGCCUGUCCAUGUGGCCUUUAGUUACGGCUGACGUAGAUUCGCUCUGUUGCACUGAAAUGUGAAAAAAAAGAGGCUGAAAACAAGACACUAUAAAGCCAUGAUGUUAUGCUGCUGCAGAUUAUUUUUCAAAAAAUUUGCACAAAUGUCACAGGACAGUGGCAUGUUUGGCCCACACACUGUGCUAUGUGUUAGCAUUCAUAUGUGUUCACUGAUCAUAAAUACUUCAGCUACAAUCCUGAUUCCAAAGAUGUGGUGUAAAACCUAAAUGUAAGGUAGAGUAAAGUUUUUCACCGAAAAGCAAAGAGAGAGAGCUUGCAAAAGUCAAAUGUAGUUUUAUUGAUGAGAUGAGGAGAGAAGAGCUGAUGCAGAGGUUAUGGGUGAAGCAGGCGGAGGCAGGCGGAGGCAGGCGGGCUGCCGGCUGGAGGACGGGCUGGCAGGAAGCUGAGAGAUCGUGGAAGGAAUAUGAACACAAAGUUAAGCAGAGUUAAGAGAAUGAUGAGCUCCACGAGGGGACGGGCUGCAGGUGUGCAGGAUGAUUGGCAGGAGGAGGGAGUGGAGAACCACACCCAAACUCAAAGCCAC